UGGAGCAGGUGUUCCGCUAGCGGAACGUCUAGAUGUAAGAGGUUAAUUUGGUAAACAUUUUCUUAACUCUUCUUGAACUGCACUGUUGGUUAAGGGCUUGUAAGUAAGCAUUUCACGGCAAGGUCUACACUUGUUGUAUUCGGCGAAUGUGACAAAUAAAGUAUGAUUUGAUUUUGAUUUGAUUUUGUUUGGUGUGAACUGUAUACUCAGGACAAUCUAAAUAUGAUACCUCACUGUCCGUCUUUUGACUGAUACUGCUUUUUAAAAUGGUCUGGUCAGUUAACAGUGUGUUUGUGAAAUGAUAAUGAUCUCUUUGUCAGGCUGUCAGGCUGUCUAGUCACAGAGGAAGGCUGUGCUUCUCUGGUCUCAGCUCUGAAGUCAAACCCCUCACACCUGAGAGAGCUGGACCUGAGCUACAAUCACCCAGGAGACUCAGGAGUCAGACUGCUCUCUGCUGAACUAGAGGAUCCACACUGCAGACUGGAGAACCUCAAUGUGGAACAUGGUGGAGAGCACACAAUGAAACCUGGCCUUAGAAAAUAUGCCUGUGAUCUCACACUGGACCCAAACACAGUAAACAGACUCCUCUCUCUGUCUGAGGAGAACAGAAAGGUGACAUGUAGGAGACAGGAGCAGCGGUAUCCUGUUCACCCAGAGAGAUUUGAGGACUGUGAACAGGUGCUGUGUAGAGAGGGUCUGACUGGGCGCUGUUACUGGGAGGUAGAGAGGAGUGGGGGAGGGGCUGUUAUGGGAGUGACAUAUAAAGGAAUCAGCAGGAGAGGAGGGGGUAUUGACUGUGGGAUUGGAUACAAUGACAAGUCCUGGAGUCUGGUCUGCUCUGACAACAGUUACAUGGCCUGUCACAAUAAUAAUCACACGACCAUAGCCGUCCCCUCCUCCAGCUCCCACAGAGUAGGAGUGUAUCUGGACUUGCCAGCCGGCACUCUGUCCUUCUACAGAGUCUCCUCUGACACACUAACCCACCUGAUCACAUUCACCUCCACAUUCACAGAGCCCCUCUAUCCAGGGUUUAGGGUUUAUGAUGUUAACUCCUCAGUGUCCCUGUGUCAGGUGGUCACUGUGUCAAACACAAUAUGAUGUUUCACUCUAAUCAUGUGUUUUAUGUUUGAUCACAAUAUGACAUUUAAAUACAUGGAGUAACACAAACA